AUGGCAUCCGCGGGGGAGGCCAAGGUGUGUCACCCUCUUGGGGAUCUGAAGGUGGGCGACCGGGGCACGUGGACCAGGGAGGCGCUGCCCAAGUACACCGAGAUGUACGCGGAGGUCACGGGGGAUCGGAACCCCCUGCACUUCGACGAGGAAUUCGCCAGCAGGACGAAAUUCGGGUCGCUGGUGUGCCACGGCGGCAUCGCCGCCGGCACGCUGAACGCCCUGGUUGCCGAGGUGCUGCCGGGACCCGGGUCCGUCUUCUUGCGACAGGAGCUGGACUACACUGCGCCAACCCAUCCAGGGGACACACUGACAGCUGUGGGGGUUGUCACUUCCAUCCAUGAAACCAAACCGGUGGUGAACAUGGAUGUAGAGGUGAAGAGUCAAGAGGACACAACUGUUUUGAAGGGAAAGGUGGUGGUAUACAAGAUGAUCCCAAAGGACACGACGGCUUCAUGA